AUGGGUACAGCGCAAGAGCCGUACAAGUACGACGAGAAGGCUGUCAAUACCACAGAUGAGACAGUACAAGAUGCCAGUGUCGGCGAAUAUACUGACUACCAACCCUCUCCUGAAGAGGAGCGUCGACUCCUAUGGAAGUUAGAUUUGUUUAUGAUCCCGACGAUGGGCAUUUGCUACAUGCUGCAAUACAUGGAUAAACUUGCGCUUAGCCAGGCAACUCUUUUGAAUAUCCGAGCCGAUCUUCACCUGGUUGGCCAGGAAUAUACUUGGUGCUCCGCGAUCUUUUAUUUUGGUUAUCUUGCAUGGAGUGGACCCACUUCGUACUUUAUUGUUCGCCUCCCUCUGGGCAAAUAUCUAGCUGUCUCUGUGUUUUUGUGGGGUGGAAUCCUCAUGUGCCACGCAGCCUGCCAGAACUAUGCCGGUUUAGUCACUGCUCGAUUUUUCCUUGGUGUUGGUGAAGCUGCUGUUGCACCGGGUUUCGGUCUGAUCACUGGAAUGUUUUACAAAAGAGAAGAGCAGCCCGCUCGCCAAGCAGCAUGGUUCAUCGGUAACUGUGUUGCUAACAUCAUUGGUGGUGUCGUUGCAUGGGGUAUCGGAAACUCUGCAUCGGGAAUCCAAAGCUGGCGCCUCUUGUUCCUCGUUCUUGGAGGAAUCACCUCCGGUUACGCCAUCAUCCUCUUCUUCAUUCUUCCCGACUCUCCCGCAAAGGCUUCUUUCCUUACCGAGUCCGAACGGAGAAUCGCAGUGCAGCGAACACUGAAGAACAAGACAGGCUCUGCUCAGGUGACAGAAGCAUUCCAAUGGAGUCAAGUCGCCGCUGCUGCGAAAGACCCGCAGGCCUGGUGCCUGGUACUUUACACCUUCUGCGUCAACCUUGCCAAUGGUGGCCUGACUAGCUUCUCCGCCAUUAUUAUAGCAGGCUUCGGCUACUCGAACUUCAAAUCCCUCCUCCUUCAGAUGCCCAUGGGUCUUUCCCAGCUCGUGUUCCUCCUUAUUACCGCCGCAAUCGCUACAUACAUCCGAUCAUCACGCAUUCCGGCCAUGAUGCUGAAUGUGACGGUUGCCGUUAUCGGUGUUGUUUUGAUCUACACGCUCGAUGACUUCCACAAAAUUGCCAAACUAGUUGGCUUGGCCUUUGUUGCCGCAUUCGCCGCCAACAUCCCACUCUCCCUGAGUAUCGUUACCUCUAACGUCGCCGGAUCCACAAAGCGAAGCACAAUCAGUGUUGCUAUAUUCGCCUCUUACUGCGUGGGUAAUAUUGUGGGACCUCAAUUCUUCUACGCUUCGCAGGAGCCAGUAUACUCGAGCGGCAUUGAAGCAUCGCUGUGUGGAUUGGCACUCGGUGUGUUCUUCUUGGGAUGUUUGUUCGUUUACUAUGCCUGGGAGAACAAGAGACGUGAUCGGAAGAAUGGAGUGGCAUCCGAGGGUCUUGAUGCUCACGAUCUUAUCGAAGAGCAGAACAACAAGACCGACAAGGAGAUACCUAGCUUCCGCUACACUCUUUGA